CCACUUUCCUUCCACCCGGCCUCCUGCCGAAGAUGAUGUGCGAGGUGAUGCCGACCAUCAGCGAGGACACGCUGAGCCCGCGGGGCUCGCAGUACGGCGCCGAGACCGAGGCCAAUUUCGAGCAGCUGAUGGUGAACAUGCUAGACGAGCGCGACAAGCUGCUGGAGAGCCUGCGGGAGAGCCAGGAGUCGCUGGCCCUGUGUCAGGCCAAGAUGCAGGAGGCUUUCCACGAGAGGGACUCGCUGCAGAGGCAGCUCAACACCGCCUUACCUCAGGAGUUUGCAGCACUUACAAAAGAAUUAAACGUAUGCAGAGAGCAUCUAUUGGAACGAGAAGAAGAAAUUUCCGAACUGAAAGCAGAAAGAAAUAACACUCGGCUGCUUUUAGAACACCUCGAAUGUCUCGUUUCCAGACAUGAACGGUCACUCAGGAUGACGGUAGUAAAGAGGCAAGCUCAAUCACCAGCAGGCGUAUCUAGUGAAGUAGAAGUUCUCAAAGCACUCAAAUCAUUAUUUGAACACCACAAAGCUUUAGAUGAAAAGGUACGAGAGCGGUUACGAGUAGCACUAGAAAGAGUUAGUGCUUUAGAAGAAGAAAUAGUACUUAGAGAGAAAGAGAUUUCCCUAUUUAAAGAACAAAAUACACCUACUCAGAAGAAAGGAGCAACAGAUCCACUAGAAGAUGGAAAUCGUGAAGGCAAUAAUCUACCAAGCACAAAUGGAAUGAGAUUUUCUAAUUGUUCCAUAAACCAUGAUGAAGAUUCGAUUAAAGUAAUAGAGCUUCAGGAGACGAUAGAUAAACAAAACAAGGAGCAAGGGCAGUUAAAGGAUCGACUGGCUGCUCUCUCUAGUAGGGUGUCAGAGCUUGAAGAGGAUCUGGAUACCGCCCGUAAAGACUUAAUUAAGUCUGAAGAAAUGAACACUAAACUUCAGCGGGACCUGCGUGAGGCCAUGGCCCAGAAAGAUGAUAUGGAGGAAAGAAUAACAACUCUUGAAAAACGCUACCUCAAUGCACAACGUGAAUCCACAUCUGUACACGAUCUCAAUGAUAAACUUGAAAAUGAACUUGCCAAUAAAGAUGCUUUGUACAUACAGAGUGAAGAGAAGAACCGUCAGUUGCAAGAGCGGUUGGAAUUAGCUGAACAAAAGCUGCAGCAAACUCUCAGAAAGGCAGAAACACUACCAGAAGUAGAAGCAGAGCUGGCACAGAGGGUGGCAGCUCUUACAAAGGCUGAAGAAAGGCAUGGAAACAUUGAAGAAAGGUUACGGCAGUUGGAGGCACAGCUUGAAGAAAAGAAUCAAGAAUUGCAACGAGCUCGACAGAGGGAAAAGAUGAAUGAAGAACACAAUAAGCGCUUAUCAGACACAGUAGAUAAACUCCUGUCAGAGUCCAAUGAAAGACUUCAGCUUCAUCUAAAGGAAAGGAUGGCUGCAUUAGAGGAAAAGAAUUCCCUUAUUCGAGAACUUGAGAACACAAAGCAGCUAAUUGAAGAAACACACCAUGAGAAAGAUAAAUUGUUGGUUGAGAUUGAAAACUCACGAGCUGAGACUGAUCAGUGGAGAGUGAAAGCUGCUGCUUUUGGAGACGCUCUGCAUCAUAGCAGGUCACAUUUAGGUAGUACCUCUGAUUUUAGGUACCCAUUAAUAUCUGCGUCAGAAGUGGACAAACACCCAGACCCAUACAGUGGUGCUUCAGUAUUACGUAGACCUCAGAAGGGACGCUUAGCAGCUUUACGUGAUGAGCCUUCGAAGGUCCAGACGCUGAAUGAGCAAGAAUGGGAGCGUGCACAGCAAGCCAGUGUCUUGGCUAAUGUGGCACAAGCCUUUGAGAGCGAUGCUGAAGUAUCAGAUGCAGAAGAUGAUAGGGAGACAAUAUUCAGCUCUGUUGAUCUGCUGUCACCAAGUGGUCAGGCCGAUGCCCAAACUUUGGCUAUGAUGCUUCAAGAACAGUUGGAUGCUAUCAAUAAUGAAAUAAGGCUGAUCCAAGAGGAAAAGGAGUCAACACAGCAGAGGGCAGAAGAAAUCGAGAGCCGAGUAGGGAGUGGUAGCCUUGAUGGCUUAAAUCUUUGCCGAUACAGAGGGGGUACGCUCCCUGCCUCAUUUACUGGUUCGUCCCUUGCUGGUUCCUCUCCACCUGGUAGUGGGCAUUCCACGCCAAGGCGAACCCCUCGAAAUCCUGCUCAUGAGAUUGACAGGCUUGGCGUCAUGACCUUGCCUAGUGAUUUAAGGAAGCACCGUAGGAAGAUAUCAAAAGAGGACACAUGGGAAGACAAAACAACAAUCAAGUGUGAAACAUCACCGCCUUCCACACCAAGGUCCAUUCGAUUGGAUAGAAUUAAUCAAGGUGCCUGUCACAUGAUCAGCCAAGAGGACAUUCGGGACAUAAGAAGUUCAACUGGGUCACAGGAUGGCCAAGUCAGCAAUCCCAGUAGCAGCAACAGCAGCCAAGAUUCGCUUCACAAAGCCCCCAAAAAGAAAAGUAUAAAGUCUUCUAUUGGGCGCCUGUUUGGUAAGAAAGAAAAAGGUCGGCUUGGACAGCCCAGCAAAGAUCCCACAGGGCAAGCUGGCAUACCAGAUAUGGAAACCUGUCCUCAGGAUACCUUGGGACUCAGUAAACUUGGCCAAGCAGAAAAAGAUAGAAAGUUGAAAAAGAAUAGUAAAUCAGGGACAGAGUUGUUGGAAGAAGCACGAAGACAAGGUCUACCCUUUGCACUGUGGGAUGGGCCCACUGUCGUCGUUUGGUUGGAGCUUUGGGUUGGAAUGCCAGCAUGGUAUGUCGCAGCCUGUAGAGCCAACGUAAAAAGUGGUGCUAUUAUGUCAGCCUUAUCAGAUACCGAAAUACAGCGAGAGAUUGGCAUCAGUAAUCCUCUCCAUAGAUUAAAAUUGCGUCUGGCUAUCCAGGAGAUGGUAUCAUUAACCAGUCCUUCAGCACCUCCAACAUCUCGAACGACUUUAGCUUAUGGUGACAUGAAUCAUGAAUGGAUCGGCAAUGAGUGGCUUCCUAGCUUGGGUUUGCCUCAGUAUCGCAGCUACUUUAUGGAAUGUCUGGUUGAUGCUCGAAUGCUGGACCAUUUGACAAAAAAGGAUCUUCGGGGGCAGCUUAAAAUGGUCGAUAGCUUUCACAGAAAAAGCCUACAUUGUGGAAUAAUGGCUUUAAAAAGGCUAAAUUAUGAUCGGAAGGAACUGGAAAGGAGGCGUGAAGAAGGCCAACAUGAAAUUACAGACGUUAUGGUGUGGACUAAUGAGCGCGUGAUACGCUGGGUCCAGUCAAUUGGACUUAAGGAAUAUGCAAAUAAUCUUUUAGAAAUUGGAGUUCAUGGUGGACUAAUUGCCCUAGACGAACUUUUUGAUUACAAUGCACUAGCUCUUUUGUUACAGAUACCAACGCAGAAUACACAGGCUCGCCAGUCAUUGGAAAGAGAAUUUAACAACCUCUUGGCCCUAGGAACGGACCGGAGACUAGAUGAUGAGGAUGAAAAGGGUUUCAGACGAGCACCUUCUUGGAGAAAGAAGUUCCGACCAAAAGAUGUAAGGGGUAUGACACCUGGAUCAGCAGAGACGUUGCCUGCUAAUUUUAGAGUUACCUCAACAACGUCUUCACCAUCCAUGCAGCCAAAGAAGAUGCAAGCAGAUGGCAAUAUUUCUGGAGAGCAAAGAAUGGAUUCUACUACUGUACGAACCUAUUCAUGUUAAUGUUGGUUCACUCACACUAUUUCAACAGAUGACUGCACAGCAUUCAAAGCCUUCAUGCAGUAACUGUACAUCACGUGAAUUGCUGAGAAAGCCGGGAGAUCUGUGAUGUAGCAAUAUUUCUAACUUGGACUUAAUAUUUUACUACAGAGAUUUUAAUUAGUUGAACCAUGACUCAUGAGUACCCUAGAGAUUAAAUUUUAGAAUAAAUGUUUCUUAUAUUUAUGUAAACUUGUUUCGAUAUUGAUUUAUUGUAGAUCUGGCAUCUAGCUUUAAUUGUGUACUCUUGCUUAGAACACAUAAUUAUGUACAAUUCUUUCUUAAAUCAAUUUUCUUUACUCUUAAUCAUGUUAUUUUUUCAAGGAAAUGUAUCAUAUGUCUGUAUGUAUUCAUCCCUAUGAAAAUUGUGGGGGUUUUGUAAAUCGUUGUGUAAUUACUACAGAUAUUCAGAUUUUUUUUAUAAAGUUGAGGACAAAAAAAGUGGGUAUAAUGGCAUGUUCAUGCUGUUUUCCCAAAAGAAACUGCAUGCUGACAGCACUAAGUGUGUUAAUGUUGUAGUUAGUCUGAAGUCUGUAAUUAUAUCCUUUUUAAACCAUCUAUGCUCAUUUUUAAAACUGUAAAUGCUUGUCCUUUUUUUCAAAUGGUUAAUAAUGAAUAGAUGGAUAUAAGAAGAGAUAAAGCCAUAUAUAUAGGACUGCUGAGGAAGAGGUGGAAAGAUUGCAAGGAGAAGACCACCUCAAUAAUUCAAAUGUUAUUUCCUCCCUUACUUUACUCAAGAAAAGGCUGGUUUAACUUUUCAAUGGACCAAUAUCAAUGACUGUGGUGUCGAUUAGGACUAUUCAACUUGAAAAGUAUAAGAAGUGGGGUACCUUUAAAAAUAAAAUGAAAGCCUUAUUUAUUUUUCAUGAAAUAUGGUUUGCUGUUUUUUGCAACCCUUUCCUAAUCUAUAGAUAGUGUGCAUACUACUUUUUAAAAGGUGACCGAUAAAUAGGAGAUUGGGAAAAUGUUGUCUUGGCUUCAUCAAUAAGAGUGUUCAGUAUUUUUGAGUAACCCAUCAACAUGUCAGCUGCAGUUUUGUUGGUAUCAUGGUGAGUUAUGUAUUGUGUACCAACACGUUGUAAAUCUGUCCGAGAGCUGUUCCGAGUGGUCAAUUUUUAAUGUACGUUGGCCUGAAUCAUGUACUGUUAUUUGUCCAAUAUUUUGCUGUUCUGAGUUUUUCUCUGCCUUCUUGUAACAAAUUAUGUACAGUCUAUACAGUACUUUGAACUAUUUUUAUCACAGUAUUUAUUGCUUUCUUUCAAUAAAAUACUUAAACUUUUAUUUUCCACUGCCAAUAAACAAAGAAGAAAACUGAA